CGUUGAACGGAAUAGUCCUCUGUUUGCACGCUGCGGUGUAACAACUACCAACUAACAUAGCUGCGGCCGGGUAGGUUAACUAGCAGUAACCAUUUCUGACCAAACAACGACUUUUUAGAACUAGCGAAACAAAUCAUAUUCCAGCAUGUACCAAUAAUAGUAAAAUAACAUACGUUUUGGUGCGCGAGUAUUAGUCGCCUCACCCAGCUCGUCUGUCAGUCAUCGAAAUCGUACGCGCGAUAUGACCACGCCGUCGCCACAGCUGCUUCCGUCUCGUCACCCCGAACAGAAACCGUCGACGAGAUCAACGACGUUUGAGUCAAGAAAUAAUAUAGGACCUACCUAUUCAUAAUAUUAUAUCGGGUUUCGCGUGUCCUUGCUGGUUGCCGCAGAGGAUCGCGUCCAUGUCAGGCGAGCCAUGAGGCUUAUUAUUUCAUGUCAUGGUGGUAGUGAGAGUACAGAGAGCCCGAGUAUUUCGCUACACGCCGACCGCAAAGAUCUGGGCAUGGACAAUCAAGGUGCUUCCGUUUGUUUUAGUGUUGCUCGUCGUUUUCGCCAUGUGCUUCAUAGCCAUAACUCGAGCUCCAGCUUUGCAAAAAAGAAAUUCUCUGAAGGUCAACAGCUUACAUGUGGCAAAAUUAAAACCAGAUCCAGCUAGCAGUACACAGAAUAAAGAUUUCCAGUUAGAACGUUUGUUGAAGUCGAAGCCACCAAACCUUCAUUUGUUCGUCACUCAGUUGAAGAACGAAGCUAACGGAUAUUGUUCGGGAAAACUAGCGGAAUUGCAAAAGAAUGCAGAGAAAUCAAAUGUAAUUUCAGAACGAUUAGGGCCAUGUCGACUAAAACCAUGGUGCCCAAAAAUACCACCAGUGUUAUACGGUGCUGAGAAAUUGGACAGCGUCGCCGUUAAUAUGACCGAAGAGGAAAUCGUGGAUGCGGUUGGAUCAAUGGGCGUUGGUGGUUCUUGGGCACCGGAUGAUUGUAAAGCUAGACACUCGGUGUGCAUCAUCAUACCCUACAGGGACAGAAAAGAUCAUUUGUGGACAUUAUUGUACAGGCUCAUACCAGUCUUGAAAAGACAACAGUUGGAUUUCAAGAUAUUUGUAGUCGAACAGGUCAGUAAUGUUACGUUCAAUAAAGGGGCAAUUAUGAAUGCGGCUUUUUUGACGAUUUACCGUACGUACGGCCUACGUGGCGAGGGUGAUUGGCAUAAAGGGCUAUACGGCUGCUAUGUCUUCCAUGACGUGGACAUGUUGCCAGAGGACGACAGAAACAUGUACAGUUGUCCGGAAUUUCCCAGACACAUGUCGGUGGCCGUCAACGAAUUUAAAUAUCAAUUACCUUACCACAAGUUGGUGGGCGGCGUGUUCAACAUAAGACCGGAUCAUUACUUCCUCGUCAACGGCUACUCGAAUCUGUUUUGGGGUUGGGGAGGUGAAGACGAUGAUAUGGGAUAUAGGUUGGAACAGGUCGGCUUGCCGAUCACCCGGCCGCCCGAGCGGUUGGCCCGGUACACGAUGGUCAAGCACGUCAAGCGUAAACCCCUCGCCCACGCCGUCCGACUCAAGUUGGUGCACACCAGCCAGAAACGUUACAGGGCCGACGGGCUGAACACGCUCAAGUACGAAGUGUUCCGGGUGGACACCGAGAAGCUGUACACCCGGAUACUGGUGGGCGUCGGCGACAUGCCCGAAUACGUCCGAUCGUUCGAGGUCGCACGGCGGACCACCACGGUGCAGAACAAAAGGUGGAAGUGAUCGAGCUGUAGUAAUAAAUGACUGUACUACCUAUAGUAUAUAAUAUGCCGUAGUACGGGUACAUUCAUUAAUUGGAUCGUCAGUAACCCUGUCUAGUCCACGACGCAGUGCGAAUAUUUUAGUGCAGUUCUUUUUUUUAUGACAUUUUAUCAUCGCGGUAAAAUAGGGAGGCCAUUUUAGUCGUAUUAUAUUGUAUUAAAUAUAAAAUCGCACUUAAAAAUAUUAGCACUACCUCUUGCAGAACUUGGGUUACUAUGACUCCGUUUAAUUAACACACUUUAUAUGACCUAUUUAUACAAUAUACAUGUAUGAAUAUGACCAUCUUAUACAUUUUUUAUUUCUGUAAUAUUGUUACAUAGUGUAUAUGCCAUGCCGUGUAUAAUAAUUGUAUUAUACAUUCCUAAUAUAAAUAUUAAAUAUUAUAUAAUACUCAACGACGUGACUGUGUGGGUGGGAUCCAGGGGUCCGGUUCCUAGAAUUUUUACUAUAAGUAGAAACAUUUAUCAGUAAAUAUUGCCUCUAAUAUUGUAUCAAGAGUGAUUUUGUAUUUUUGUUAAAAUAUUAAAACAAUUGUGGCCACCCCCAGCUAUUUUUUUCAGUUGAGGUCUUGUUGAUCCUUACGUAUUGAUAUGAUAUCGUUGAGUAUGUAGAUACCUAGUUAUUAUAUACACAAUAUAUAGCAGGUCCUAUCUUAAAUAUUUUUUUUCAUUUUUGUCCUUAAAAUAAUAUGUGUUGAUGACUGAUACUCUGAUGAGAGGAUAGUAGAGGUAAUUUUUAAGAUCCGUGACUGUUUAUUAUUUAAACAUUUUACGAUAUAAUAUCAUGAUCAUAGGGCGUGAUUACGAGAAUGUUGGAAUCGAUAAGCUUAAAGCUAUCUUCUGCCCAUUGGUCAUAUAAUUAGUAGUAGGUAAUCGUAUAUUUUCUUAUUUCAAUUCGUAUUAUAGUGGCGUAGUUAUCGAAAGAAAUCUAAAUCAUACCCGAUUGUUAUUUUUCAACUUAGCCCACACUAUCGUUAAGUCGUGACUUUUGGUAUUUAAUACUGUCCACUUUGUGUUCCAUACUGUUUGUUAGAAUAAGGCCUGUUACAUAUUAUUAUAGUUGUAUAAUAAUCGGUACUAUUGCUAUCUAUAUACUCAACAUUAUACUUGGUAGUUGGUAUUUAUAGUAGUUGGGUAUACUGGGUAAAGUGUACCUAAUUACGGCUAUACUUAUCUACGUAGUGUACCUAAAAAUACUCACUGUUAUGCUAUUGAAGUGCGUACACAUAAAAUGUAAUGUAAUGUUUGUAUAUAUUUAUACACUUUACGAUUUACAUGAUAUAUUUAUUAUUUAUUUUUGUAUAGGGUUUUUGUACCUGUUAAAACUCGUAUAUAACUAUUAAAUUACAUAAUAUAAAAUGUAUGUAUUUAUCACUUAUAAUCUGUAUAUAUAUAUUAUGUCGUAGGCCAUUUGAAAAUUUCGAUUUUUUAACCUAUGCCCAUUACGACGUUUGGAAUGAAUUUGUAUUUAGUUUCUGUUUAUGUACUGCUGUUAUUAAAUUACUACUUUUUUGUUUAUUCGAAUACGUUGUUUUCUCAUCGUGGCCAUUGAACAUUGAACAAUAGUAAUUUUUACAAUAACGCAAUUAAUGGCUUAAAUUGUCCACGUUUUUUCCAAAGACAUGUGACGUAUAUAUUAUUAUUGAUUGUUAAAUACGCCUAUUUUAGAUUAUAAUUAUAUUCGUUUGAAUAAUUCGUCCUCCUAUUAUUAUUAUUAAUUUUUAUUUGGAUUAAGGGGGCAACGGUUGGUUGGAACACGUUUGUACGUAUGCCAUGGAUGUAUUGCUAAAAGCCUGGCUGGUCACACACCCGAAUGCUAGAUUGAGUGUUCGACCUCGCAUCACUAAGCCACCCUCCUAUUAUUAUUUUUUUAAUUAAUAAAUAUUAUAGUUUGGAAACCGUUGUUGAAUUAGCAUAUAAACAGAAUAUUAUGUUUUUUGAAAUUAUGUUAUUUUUAAUAUAUUAUACUGUGUUCUUAAAAUGU